CCCACACCAUGUCCGGCCUCCCCCGCCCCGAGCUGCACAAGGACGCAAAGUUCGUCUUCCUGUCCGACUGGGACGGAACGAUCACGGACCGCGACUCGAACGACUUGUUGAUCGACACGCUGGGCAUGGGGCCUGAUAACCGCCGCGCACUCAACGCAAAGGUCGUGACGGGCGAAGGCAACUUCCGGGACGCGUUCUCCGCCAUGCUCGGCAGCAUCAAGGUGCCGUUUGCGCAGUGCACCGAGACAUUGAGGCAGAACAUCCGCCUCGACCCAGGCUUCGAAGAGUUCUACUACUGGUGCAAGGCGCACGGCGUGCCCGUCAUCAUCGUGUCGAGCGGCAUGGCGCCCAACAUCCGCGCGGUGCUCUCGCACCUCAUGGGCGAGGAGGAGGCGUCGCAGAUUGAGAUCAUCGCCAACGACGUGCGCUUCACCGACCCGCAGCAGAAGGGAGACGAGUGGGAGAUUGUCUGGCGCCACCCCGAGAGCGGGUUCGGACACGACAAGUCGCAGAGCAUCAUCCCCUACCGCGAGCUGCAGUCGCGCCCGACCAUCUUCUUCGCGGGCGACGGCGUGUCUGACCUGUCCGCCGCGCGCCACGCCGACCUCCUCUUCACCAAGGUCGCGCCCGGCGUCGACUCGGACCUCCUCAAGUACUGCAAGCGCGAGGGUAUCCCCCACGUGCGCUUCGCUACCUUCAAGGAGAUUCUUGCCGACGUCAAGAAGGUCGUCGAGGGCCAGGCUACCACGCAGGAGAUUAUUGCUGCCGCUGAGAAGGAGGAGGCCAAGAACUAACUAGACGUCGGGAGACGUAGAGUGUAUCAUGAGUUAUGUAUGCUGUGG